AUGAAACUACCAACCAAUCUAUCUGGAUAUAAGAGGAUUUUACAAGCAACUAUACCACCCAUCUUCCUAACUGCUACUUUCUCAGGAACUCUUGGUAUAUUAGCUGCAUGCAUCGGAAUAUUAGCAAUAUUGAGUGAAAGAAACAUGAUCAUGUAUCUGCAUCUAUGUGCUUUGACCAUUGUAAUAUUUAUGGAAAUAGGCAUAGCAUUGACAUCCUCUUUAAUGAAAGAUCAAUUCUUCACUGAAGCUCAUCGUUCGUUAAAUACGAAUGUUAAACAAUAUUGGACAAAUCUUCGUUAUCAAAUAGAAUUUGAUGAUUUACAAACAACAUUCCGUUGUUGUGGGGCUGAUUCAUCCAACGAUUAUCCACAUGUUAAACAACUUCUACCGAUUUCAUGUUUGUCUGGAAUAAAACCAUAUUCACUGGGAUGCAUUGAUGCAUUGAAUGAAUUUGUACAAUAUUACAAAAACAUUCUGAUCUAUUUAUGCUUCAGUUUUGGAAUAAUUCAUGGUAUCUACUUGGUGUUCUCAGUUGUGAUGGUUUGUAAAUCUAAACAUGGAAACACUCGAUCUACACAAACCUCUUGUUGA